CCGUGCAGCACAUUCCAGUACCAGCCUUAUAAGUAUUCUAAUCCAAGAGAGAAGCGAGUGGAGAGAAACUAAGAAAGUUUCCAAAAGUUUUAAGAAGAGCUGAGGGAUAAUUACUCAGGAAGACACAGAGUUUUCACCGCUGAUCUAAAGAAGAAGCCACACGGAGAAAAAUGCCAGGUGAGCGAUUAACAGUUAGAGGCACGUCCGAGAUCGGGCGUUUCCCAGGAGCGGCGCCGCCCACCAGGGUGGAACUCACCAUCCACCAUCAGGGCGAGAAGAAGCAGGAGGAGGGAGGCUGUCGACGUUGGUUCAGGAAGAUGUGCCCGUGCUGCUGUAAGCGCCAGAACAGCACCUCCUAUGAUGUUACAGAUAAGGUGGAAUUUACCAAACCCCCUAACCCGGCCCCGCUCAUAAUGGAAAAGGAGACUAAUGAAACAAAGCUGUCAGUGUGUUCGGUGGAUCUUCUGAGCUCCAAGACGAGUCAGAACCGACAGGAGCAUCACACCGACCUGUAUCAUGGAGAUGAGCUGAUCAUCCGCAGAGGACAGACCUUCCAGAUGGAGCUGGAGUUGAACAGGCCCUUUAACGCUGACACUGACAAGCUGCAUCUGGACAUCAAAACAGGUUCCCUGCCGAUGGUGUCCAAAGGGACCCAUGUCAUCAUUCCACUGGUGGAAGAUCUGGAAGAUUUACGCUGGGAGGCCAAGAUCGUACAGGAAAACGGCAACAAAGUCAAACUGUCCGUCAACUCUCCAUGCACCGCUGUGGUUGGGCUGUACGGACUCUCGGUGACAACGUCCUCUCUGAAGGGCGAGGACGCGACAACUCACAACUCCAGCAAGAACAUUGUUAUGCUCUUCAACCCUUGGUGUGAAGAGGACAGUGUGUUCCUGGAUGACGAGGAGGAGAGGAAGGAGUAUGUGCUGAAUGACACUGGGAGGAUUUACUAUGGCACAGAGAAGCAAAUCGGAGCCCGAACAUGGAACUUUGGGCAGUUCCAUGAGGGCAUCCUGGAAGCAUGUCUGUUUAUCCUGGAGAAGAGUGACAUGCCGCCUUCCGGUCAAGGAGAUCCUGUCAAUGUGGUUAGAGUCGUAUCUUCCAUGAUAAAUGCUCAGGAUGACUUAGGUGUUCUGGUUGGGAACUGGUCAGGAGAUUACUCUGAUGGAGUCUCUCCUGCGGCGUGGAGCAGCAGCGUGGAGAUCCUGAGGAAAUACCACUCCACCAAUGGAACACCUGUGUCAUAUGGGCAGUGCUGGGUCUUCUCUGGGGUCACUACAACAGUGCUACGUUGUCUUGGCAUACCCGCUCGCAGUGUGACCAACUUCCAGUCUGCUCAUGACACUGAUGUUUCACUCACUACAGAUGUGUAUUUUGAUGUGGAUAUGGAGCCGAUUGACCACCUCAAUAGUGACUCUGUGUGGAAUUUCCAUGUGUGGAACGACUGCUGGAUGGCCAGACCAGACCUGCCUCCUGGCAACGGAGGCUGGCAGGCUGUUGACUCCACACCUCAGGAGACCAGCCAGGGCACCUUCCGCUGUGGCCCCGCCUCUGUCAACGCCAUCCGCUCAGGCCAAGUCUACCUCAAACACGACACGCCUUUUGUUUUUGCUGAGGUCAACAGUGAUAAGAUCUACUGGCAGAGGAACCUGGAUGGCACCUUCAGUCAGAUCCACAGCGAGAAGAAAGCUGUUGGUCACUGCAUCAGCACCAAAGCAGUGGGCUCUGAUGAGAGAGCAGACAUCACACACCUGUACAAACAUCAAGAAGGUUCGGAAGAGGAGCGCAUCGCAGUCGAGACCGCUAGUCGCUAUGGCAGCAAGCCAGAUGUCUACUCCACCCCGAUGGCAGAGGAUGUGUCUGUGGAGGUGAAGAUGGAGGGCGAGGGGCCCAGAAUGGGUGCUGAUGCCCAGCUGAGCAUUGUGGUGAAGAACAUGAGCUCACAGCCCCGUCGGACGACUCUGCACAGCCAGGUGGCCGUUAUGUACUACACUGGUGUGCUGAAGAAUGCCAUCAAGAAGGAGCAGAUGCCUGUGGAGCUUUUGCCCAAUGAAGAGAAAACCAUUGAGUGGCUUCUGCCCUACCAACAGUACCAGAACCAGCUGGUGGAUCAGGCAGCCCUGAUGCUGACUCUGUCUGGAAGAGUCAGUGAGACCCAACAAGUGUUGGCCAACCAGACCACCUUCAGGCUCCGGACGCCAGACCUCAACAUCACACCUGUUGGAGAAGCUAUUGUUGGUAAAGAAAUGGCUGCCAAGAUAACCUUCACCAACCCCCUACCACGUACACUGAAAGGAGUGGUGUUCAGAGUGGAGGGCCUGGGCCUUCAGAAGGGCCAUGAAGUGGUUGUCGGUGAUGUUGGCGGUCACUCCACAGUGACACUGACUGAGCACUUCAUCCCAACCCAGCCUGGACCCAGGAAGCUGGUGGCGUCUCUCGACUGUAAACAGCUCACACAAGUACACGGGGUGGCUGACAUUGUUGUUGUUGAACAAUAAGAGGGAGCCACAAUGUUCAGCCUCUUUCACUUUAUUAUUUUUUUCCUUAUAGAAUAUAAACAGAGCCUCUAAUUAUAUGAAGUGUGCUAAAUUCCUGUAUCUUAAACUGACCUGUUUAUUUUGUACUGCUGCAAAAAAAAGAAUUUUGAUAUUCUAAAACUAUGAAUAGUCAAUUAACAACUGUAGCAUUACCAGUAUUAUUAUUAUUAUUAUUAUUAUUAUUAUUAUUAUUAUUAUUAUUAUUAUUAUUAUUAUUAUUGUGUUUUAGUUUAAUAGGAAUUCACAUUUCUGUCUAGCUGUGAAGUAUGCAGUAGGAUUAAACACAUGCACAGCAGACAAAUGGCUUCACAUGCUGCUCUGACACUAAUGCAUUUCAAGACACUGAACAACACGUGGAUUUGCAGAAAGUUUUGCAUCAUGUAAAUACUGUAUUGUCCAUAUAUCUUGUCAUAAUGUGAAAAGUAUUGUCAGACAAAAUGAACCUCACAUGGCUUAAAUGAAGGGAGGGUACUGUGAAAUGUUUGGAAGGGAAAGGGUGUUGAAUAGGUAUUGAUAUUUUGAAGAAAAAAAAAAGGUAGGGGAGGCAAGGUAUAAUUUUUUUCUUUAUAUUAUAUUUUGGCUUAAAAACUUUAAAAUUAUUGCUCAAAAUUCACCAAACAGUAACGUGGCUGAAAGACUAUUUUCGAUAAAAUCCAAUUUUGUGGUGCCUCUUUUAUUUUGAAAGCAGCACAUCAGCAGUCAAAAAACUGAAAUCUACACUAGCGGACACAAUGCACAAUGUUGCUCUGUACUUUUUGUGCAUAUACUUACACUGACAUCAACUUUACAGUACUUUGCAGUAAAGCGACAUUUCCAAACAGAACACAGUGGCCUUAAUACAUGUUAGAUUUACCUGGUUCUAGUCUGGUGCUAACUUCAGCACUCAACGUGAAGGAAACUAUGUUAAUAUCAUCAAACUAUUUAUCAACCUGUAAUAUUUUUUUGUAUCGUCUGUGUUGUAAUAAAACUCACACUGAAACAAUG